AUUCCAAAUCUGGGAGGAGGACAUUUCAUUCCUCGAAAGUAAAGCUAUCAACGAUGCCGUCUACGGCGGAGGAGACGGCCUAUGAAGCAAAUGGCGCAAAGCCAGCCAGCACCUGGCUCGGCCACCAGGGGGCGGCCCAGUUCGACUUGAGAACAUGGGAAGUGGGGAGAAAUUGACUGCUUUUUGUAGGUGACACGCAAACAACACCAACGCUGGAGAUGUUAAAGGCCAUCGAGGUCACUACUUUGGAUGAUGAUGUCUAUGCAGAAGAUCAGACCACAAUCAGCCUUGAAAAGCAUGUGGCCGCGCUUGCAGGAAAGGAGGCCGGCCUGUUUGUGCUUUCUGGUACGAUGGGAAAUCAGUUAGCUCUUCGGUCUCUGCUCACACAACCGCCACAUGGUGUGCUCUGCGAUCAUCGAGCCCAUAUCAUAAAAUACGAAGCCGGAGGCGUUGCAUCGCUCUCUGGGGCCCAAUGUCAGACUGUAGUGCCGAAGAAUGGGAUCCAUCUUACCCUAGAAGAUAUCCAAGAACAUGCUGUCACUGACGACGACGUUCACUCGCUACCUACCAGGGUCAUCAGUCUGGAGAACAGCCUUGGCGGCAUGAUCAUGCCUCUUGAAGAGAUCAAGCGGAUAUCGACAUGGGCUAGAGAGCACAACAUGAAAAUGCACUUGGAUGGCGCACGCCUUUGGGAGGUGGUUGCAUCCGGCGCCGGUUCAUUGGAUAGUUUCGCAUCGUACUUUGACACUGUUAAUCUCUGCUUCUCUAAAGGUCUUGGAGCGCCGAUCGGCUCUAUCAUCGUCGGAUCGAAGGACAUCAUCAAGCAUUCCCGAUGGAUGCGGAAGGCUAUCGGAGGAGGACUGCGCCAGUCGGGUGUCGUGACGGCCGCAGCUCGUGUCGCUGUCGACAGGACUUUCGGCAAGGGCCCCAACGGCGAAGGUGGCUUGUUGAAAGAGUCGCAUCUGACCGCGAAACGUGUUGAGAAGAUGUGGACAGUUCUGGGCGGUACACUUCAACACCCAGUUCACACAAACAUGGUCUGGCUUGACUUGCAGUCCAUGAACACCACCGGUGCCCGAAUCACCGAGCUCGCAGCAGAGCAGGGACUGAAGAUGUCUGGAAAUCGGGUGGUUACCUCGUACCAGGUUGGCGAGGAAGCGAUUCGAAGGUUGGCCGCCGUCUUCGAAAAGAUAGCAGAGGACAAGGCAGCCGGGUUUGUUACCGACGGAAAAGCCAAGACUGGUAUAUAUAGCAAAUAAUGAGAAUCGACCAGUCGCUGGAGGCUCACUAGAACUCGGUUGGAUGGCGGUUUGAGCUCAAGCUUCCGUGACCGAAGAGUUGAAGUGGAAUAUCGAGCCAUAUCAACAAUGUCAGGUCAUAAGAAUU